AUGGUCGAUCAAAAUUCCGACACAUGGGUCAUUGAACAAAACUCUCCUGAGCUCGUAGCCCAAAUUGAUGAAUUAAGAAAAAAAUAUCAAUGGACUGAUUUGAUGGAUCAUUUGGUUGGAGAAUUACAUAAGCGUGGUACAACUCGACAGCAAAUUUUGCAAGCAUUAGCAAGAAUACCAUUUAGUUCAGACAUGGUGGAGGUACUCAAAGUCAUCAAGGGCGUUGAUGGAGAGAUUGUAAUUCUUUCUGAUGCAAAUGUAGUGUACAUAGAAGAAAUAUUAAAGGCAUAUGGUGUUUGUGAGCUUGUCUCUUGUGUCAUAAGCAACCCUGCUUCGUGGGAUGAAAAUGGGAGACUCCACAUUCGAAGGCUAAUCCCGAAAGAUGAAUCGCAUGGAUGCAAGAAUCCCUGUGCGGAAAACAUUUGUAAAGGUAAAGAACUGGUGGAUUACAUUUCUUCUGGUUCCGGGUACGAUCGAAUUAUUUAUGUUGGAGAUUCCAUCAACGAUUUUUGUCCUGCCACCAAAAUGUCAAGUGAUGACAUACUCUUCGCUCGGAAAGGGUACAGACUCGAAAAAUUUCUUAAAGAUAUAUCGCAUUCUUCGCCUGACAGUAAAUAUAAGGACGUAUCGUGGAAUAUUAAACCACGCGUUAUUUAUUGGGAAGAUGGUCGCGAGCUACUAAAUAAUAUAAAAGUUGAAUUGGAGAUGACUGUAACACGAUUCUAUGCUCUUUCUUUGACUUCUUCUGAUCUCUCCGCGGUGGAAUUAGGCCGUGUUUGUUGUCGAAUGCGCGACUCCCUUCUCGAAUCAUUAAUAGCAUGUAUAGCAUAUAAUCCAACUAUUACUGCCAUCGAAAACGCUACUAAUGUUUCAACACAUGAUAGUCUGUUGUUUGGUAGUAACGCGUCCUAUUCCUUUCGUUCAACGCGACAUCUACUAUUGGGCAAUAACAAUAACGUCAAUAGAAUGGCUGAAGAUAGUCUCUCGGAUAGAGCAACGUCAGUUCAAUCCUUCAUUGAAGAUAGCAACAUCUCUGAUAUAAUUCCGUCAAUUAUAGCUAAGGCUGUUGUCACCAGGGAAACUAUUGACUAUCGUGACAUCGGCGUCGAGAUAACAAGUUUCGCGCACCCUGCAAAGACACCAGAAUAUGAGCAAACGACACAACUUGAACAGGGCGAAUUGUCUUUAUUGAGUGUCUCUACCAAUACGGAGGGUCCCUCUCUGAUAGUCUCCAAAGGCGAUACCACUUGUUUGGUCGACGCUGUGGUAGAUCAAAAUGACGAACAGAUCGAUUACGCAAAUAUAAGAAAACUAUUGCAAAAUUACGGGAAAAAGAGUUCACCGGAUAUUUCUGUUAUUGGUGUCUCGAAUAAGCCUGAACAAGAGAAUGCGGAAGUCAGGCUGCGACACGAAGAGAAAAAUGUUCAAGUCAGUUACAUCGCUCAAGAAUUCGAAGAGCCACGCGAAGAAAACAAGCGUCCUACUGCUGUGCGGUUACAUGAAGGAAUUGGACAGCUCAAUUACAAUUUCCCAAGAUUUGGCGUGGCUCGCGACGACAAUGAAUCAUUGAAAUAUAAUUUACGUGACUUUGAGAAAUUACGCAAGGAGAAUGAAUAUCUCAGACUUGGUUUACAAGAAUCUAAAAAGAUUAGCAAAGAGAAUGAACAUCUCAAGUUGAAUUUACAAGAAUUUCGUAAGGAAAAUGAGAAUCUCAGGUCAAGCUUACAAGACUUUCGUAAAGAAAAUGAACAUCUUAAAUCAAGUUUACAAGAACUUGAAAGGUUCCGCAAGGAAAACGAACAAUUGAAUUUCGUCUCGAGUGAAAUAGAGAAGCUGCGAGAAAAAAACGCGCAACUAGUGGAUAUGUUACGUAGUUUCGAAAAAUCGCACAAUGACACCGAACAGUCUGGGUCUGUGCCACAAGAGGUAGCAAAAUUGCGUGAUGAGAAUGAGAAACUUAAACUAAACUUAAAUAAUCAAUUGGAAUCCAAGAAUCGAGAACUCAAGUUGGUGCGUGAGGAAAAUGAAAGGGUUAAAUUAGAGUUGCAUUCUCGCAAGAAAAACACCCGUCCACUGAACAGGAGUCUAUGCAAGGACGAGACGAAAGGAUCGAAACUUGAUGAAACGCGUCGCAAUAUUCAUAAGGAUAAAUUGUAUUAUAAACUGAAGUUAGCUCGAGUGGAUCACAUGGACUUUGAGUCUUUGGCUGAGAGAUUUAAGGAAGUUAUGAUUACACUCAGAGUGGACGAUGCGGACGCGGUCGUUACCUCUUUGGAGCGAAUUAGCAACGUAAUGCGCCUGGUGCCACAACUUCGUGAUUUCAUUAACACAGUUGUUCGCCUGGUGUUAAUUGAUGAUGGCAUUCAUCACGAUGAUUAUCCCCUGUUGGAUCAUAUCAAAUGUACACUGGGAGUUGGGGAGGGCAACAAUUCCACGAGGAAUGUAAACAGCCACGAUACCAAUCCCAUUGCCAUCAACAAGUGUAACAACAUAACACCAGAGGACAUACCACCCGAGAACACGCUUAGGAUAACGCUUGAUACUUUGACACAAUGGCGUGAUACCGUGAGAGAUAUAGAAAUAUUUGCUGCUCAGCUUUUGCACAAUAAGUGGAGUAAGCGAUGA